AUGUCGUGUGCCAUGUCCAGGCUCCUUGGACCUUCUUGUACCCCAGUUACUAGGGUAACGGCCACAGAUGCCGACGAUCCAGUGUACGGGAACAGUGCGAAACUGGUCUAUAGCAUACUGGAGGGACAGCCGUAUUUUUCAGUGGACCCGAACUCUGCGACCAUAAAAAUAGCCCUCCACGGGAUGGACCGGGAGAUGAGAGAGGAGUACCUGGUGGUCAUUCAGGCUAAGGACAUGGGUGGUCACAUGGGCGGCUUGUCUGGGACCACGACUGUGACCGUCACGUUAACGGACAUUAACGACAAUCCGCCGAAGUUCUCUAAAAGUUUGUAUGAGUUUGUGAUCCCUGAAGAUCUUCCGAUCGGGAAAAUGGGCGGCAAGGUGAAGGCGAACGAUCGAGAUAUCGGUGAGAAUGCCAAGUCGACGUACAGCAUCAUAGAGGGAGAUGACCAAGGCACGUUUGAGAUUGUUACAGACGCACAGACUCAAGAGGGGAUUCUGAGGCUGAAAAAGCCCUUAGAUUACGAGAGCAAGAGAGCGUACACGCUGAAGGUGGAAGCGACCAACGUUCGCUCGGAGCCCAGCGGCGGCGGGCCCUUUAAGGACACGGCCACCAUGAAGAUAGUGGUGGAGGACUCGGACGAGCCGCCCGUUUUCUCCAAACCCGUGUACCUGCUGGAGGUGAACGAGAACGCCCCCAUCAACUACGUCAUCGGGACGGUCAACGCCAGGGACCCGGACUCCACCGGGAGCCAAGUCAGGUACUUCAUCGACCGCCACACAGAUCUGGAGAGGCAGUUUAACAUUAACGUGGACGACGGGAAGAUCACGCUGGCCAAACCGUUGGACCGGGAGACGGACAUGUGGCACAACAUCACAGUAACCGCCACAGAAGUCAAAAACCACAGUCAGAUAUCGAGGGCGAUUGUGGCCAUCAGAGUAAUGGACAUUAAUGACAAUGCCCCUGAAUUUGCCACCGAAUAUGAGGCCUUUCUGUGUGAAAAUGGAAAGCCUGGACAGGUGAUCCAGACCGUCAGCGCUGUCGAUAAAGAUGACCCAAUCCAAGGCCACUAUUUUGACUAUCGUCUAGUCCCCGAGAUGCUCAACAACCCAAACUUCACCAUCAAAAACAACCAAGACAAUUCGAUCAGCGUUUUGGCCAAGCACGAUACCUUCCGACGACAGAAACAGGAGAUGUACUUCCUGCCCAUCAUCGUGACUGACAACGGGAAUCCGCCGAUGAGUAGCACCAACACCUUGACCAUCAGAGUGUGCGGGUGCAGCAAAGACGGAAUCGUCCAGUCUUGCAAUGUGGAAGCCUACGUUUUACCCAUCGGGCUAAGUAUGGGAGCUCUCAUUGCCAUCCUGGCCUGCAUUAUACUACUGCUGGUAAUAGUAGUACUAUUUGUGACCCUGAGGCGACAUAAGAACGAGCCCCUUAUCAUCAAGGACGACGAAGACGUCCGAGAGAAUAUCAUCCGAUACGACGACGAAGGAGGGGGCGAGGAGGACACGGAAGCGUUCGACAUCGCCACGCUGCAGAACCCGGACGGCAUCAACGGCUACCUGCCGCGUAAGGACAUCAAGCCCGACCUGCAGUUCAUGCCCCGGGCGGGCCAGCACUCGGGCCCGAACGGCGUGGACGUGGACGAGUUCAUAAACGUCCGGCUGCAUGAGGCGGACAACGACCCCACGGCGCCGCCUUACGACUCCAUCCAGAUCUACGGAUACGAGGGCCGGGGGUCCGUCGCCGGCUCCCUCAGCUCCCUGGAGACGGCGUCGUCGGACUCGGACCAGAACUAUGACUAUCUCAGAGAGUGGGGGCCGCGCUUCAGGAGACUUGGGGAGCUCUACUCUGUGGGCGAAAGCGACCGGGAGACCUGA